GGAGUUUUGGUACCAAUUCGAGAAGUCGGAAGGGUGGGCACCGGAGCAGCUGGUCAAGUUGAGACAAAUAGGGUCAGUGGCCGAGUAUAGGGCGAAAUUCCUCAAGUUGGGCAACCAAUGCAAAGGGGUGCAUGAGAAAACACUGAUGGGUCUAUGUAUGGCCGGACUAAGGCCAAAGAUCGCUACCGCAGGCCGGGUCUUUGAGCUGGAAUCCUUGAGAUUUUCUUUUCGUCUUGCAGGUUACAAGGAGGAGGAGAUCGCUAGCUGAAGAAGCACCAUAGGCCGCUUCCAAAAGCCUAGCGGAGGAGGAAGCAACAUCAUGGCGGUCAAUGGAUGAGGAGGGGCUUCGGCCAUGGUGAGUUCAGGUAGAGGAACAACGACGACCGCCACCGUAUCAGUGGAUCACCCCGGACCAAGAGCACCACCGAAGGGCUUUGUUCGGCUAUCUUCGGCGAAAAUCGAGCAGAAGAGGCGUGAAGUCAAGUGUUUUAACUCCAAUGAGAGGUUCGCGAUCGGUCACCAUUGUGCAAAACUAGAAUUGAUGAUGCUGGUCGGCCGCUAGGAGGACGAGUCGGAGGAUGAAGUAGCGGCAAGAAGAGGCGAUCCAAAGGUGGAAGUUAAACCUUGAGGACAAGGUUGUUCUGAAGAAGGCGGGUAUGAUAGAAACCUUCAUUUCUACUAUUUCAUUAUAUGGACCAUUUUGUCAGUUUAUGUCUCUUAUGACUAGUCAGAGUUAUUUUAAGGGUCAUUUGAGAAAGAGUAAUAAUUUGGGGUAGCAUUGAGGGAUUUUUGGAUUAUAUAAAUAUUAUUAUAAGUGAGAAUUACCCGGUAAGUAAACCUAAUUCAGUUUCCCUAAUCCUCUCUUAUCUCUUUACCAUGCCGAAAAUCACCCCUCUUCCCACCUUGUUUCUACCGGAACCUCUGUUCUUCCCCCUAUCCUCAUUUCUCAAACUUCUUCCUUUCCUUUAAUCUCCUAUCAAUCGAGUAGAUCAUCUCCUUGGUGAUCGCUCCAUUUCCCUAAUCCCUAGAGAACAAUAGAAGCUCGAAAUUCGGGUUUCUAUCAAUGUCAUUAUCUUGCUUUGAUAGAGGUAACUAGUGCAUGUUGUUAACCUAGGUUGUGGUGACUACCCCCUAGAUUAUGCCUAGAAUCCACAUCAAGUGAGGCAUGAUUUUAAUAGUGUGACACUUUGUGUUGAAGUCAUGUUUGCCCUUGGGUGUACCCUCGUAUGAAUCCAAUCUUACAGCCCUAAAGAUUUGUCAGUUGCAUGACCAUUGAGUCGAGAAGUCCACUAUGAGUGCUCUAGGAGACAUCAUGAUGGAAGAGAGUGUUUCGUUUAUGCCUAUACCCGACCUGAUCUUAUAGUUAAGGGGAAAUAACCCCAAGUAUCUCUCUCUCGAACAAGUCAAUUUCAACUUAGUAGUGGUAGUAGUUUCGAAAUACCUCCCAAUUCAACUGUUAUAUUAAGCAGUAAUUAAGCACGAUAGUAGCAAUAUAUUCGAUGACCCUGGAAUACCGCGAGGGUUACCACAUUACUGCUUCGCCAACUUAGGAUGUACUUGUCCUAUGUUAGAGUACUUAGUAUAAUCGACAUUCGAGCUUAUAAAUUGUGAAGCUGAUAUCACAAACCAGCGGUUGAGGGAGCAAGUGCUACUCAUCUCAUGUUCAAGGAAGAUGGGAGAAAUUAUUUUUGGAGGGUUACCCAACAAAUGGUUUUCUAGACAGUUACCCCCAUGCCUAUAAAUGAGAGGGGAGGUCGACAUAGAUAAGAGUUCCUAAAACCAAAUAACUGACGCCUAAGUCAAAUUUAUAUCCUUUUCUCUAUAAGUAGCCAUAGACGUAGUGUGAAACUCUCAUUGUACCUCCAUAGUAGUAGAAAUAAUUUAGUUUAGUUCUGUUCCGAAAAAACCAUCAAUUAAACAUCCAUAUUUGAACUGUGUUCUAAGAGGCUUAAAUCUUGUCUUAGUAGUUGAUGUCCUAAAAUGUCAAAGCACAUUAAUUCAAUUAAACGUGAGUUUUCCCACUGAAAGACAAUCAUAUAGUUUUAGGUAGGGGUGUUUAAAUGGUUACCAUGGUAAUUACCAAAUCAAAUAAGUCUAAAUUUCAUUAACCAUGGAAUACAAUAUCAUAACCAAACCAUCCAAACUAAUACAACAACCAAAUUAACCAAACUAAAGUUUAAUCGGUUUGGUUAAUUGGUUAACCAAAAUAACAUCAUAUUAUCAUUAAAUGAGAAAAAUUUCC